AUGUCUUCUACGAACGACCUUACGAACUCUCCGCGUCUCUCGCAAUCGCAACCAUCUACCGCGCAGUUCCCAGCCCUUCCAUGGGAGGUCAUCGAGAGGGUCAUCGAGCUCUGCUCCAGCGACAAGGCCACGCUGUGCGCUUUCGCUCUUACCUGCAGCCAGCUCCAUCCUCGUAGCCUCUAUGUUCUCUUCUCCAAUGUCGAGAUACAGAGCGCGAAACAGCUCAAGACGUUCUACGAUGCUGUUCAAGCUCAGCCGCGCCUUCAGCCUCUCGUGCGAUCUCUGUCAUUUCCAUGCGAGGAUUUCUCUCCAUUCCCACUGCUGUCCAUCCUCCCCGGUCUCCGUCAUCUCACAUUCGAUAGGAUGUCGUCGGCGAUUGGGGACACUAUCCAACAUUCCCAGUCCACUCUACUUGGCAGGCAGUUCCAAACGCAAGCCACCCUCCUUCGCUUCCUGUCAGCCUUCCCGAACGUCGAAAUCCUCACCUGCGAGGAGCUGUCAAUAGAUCCGCAUGCUCCUCUCAGAGAAGCCCUGGAGAAGGUCCUGCUCCGCUAUCCUGCUCGCCGCGUACUAUUGGCUGUUUCCGGUGGGACAAUCCUGAAUGCGCGGAAGACGAUCUCCUGGUCAGACGAGUUCAACAAGUGCUUCCGUCCUCUAGGCGAGCAAUGGGCGCUGGCUGAUGAUGUCAGAUACUCUGGUAAACCCGGGCAUGACUCCCAUGUCACCGCACUUGUCGUCGCCUCAGAUGGGCGCUGGGUAGCGACGGCCUCCACGGAUUCCACCAUCAUCCUCUGGGAUGCCCGAGACGUAUGCAUCUCGCAAGAGUGGUUUGCCCGUGACGGAGAGGUGUGGGACCUCGCGUUCUCUCCAGACAGCCGACACCUCGCGUCUGCAGGUGAAGACGGUGCGGUCGCCAUCUGGGACAUCAGCGGCAGCGCACACCAGGUCGCCUCUCUCGAGGGCCAUCCUGCUGCCGUCACAAGCUGCGCGUGGUCCAGCGACGGUGCUUGGAUCGCAUCCCGAGACCGCAGCAGAACUAUACGGCUCUGGGACGGACGGACGUUCCAACCGCAACCCCUCGGCAGUGCGAACGAGAGAGCGUUCAUCGAGCCCCUGUUCUCUCCUGACAGCCGCUGGCUUUUCGUGCACCAUGUGGGCAAAUGUGGAGUUUGGGACGUAUUGUCUGGCGCAUACCUCGAGCUCGAGAUGUCGCCAACUACCGGUAGCGACAGGUAUCCCGUCAGCGCCGCAUUCAGUCGCCCGAGUGCGCGUGUUGCCGUCGGCUAUGGUGGUGGGACCAUUCGGGUUUUGGACACGGGGACCAGACAGGAGCUCAUGCUCUUGAAGGCGCACGAAGAUCUGGUCCGCGACGUGGCUUUCUCCCCGGAUGGCCAGCUGCUGCUCUCGGCGUCGGAUGACGAGACGAUGAAGGUGUGGGAUGCACACACGGGUGCUGUGGUCCAGUCGCUUAUGGGGCACGAGGACCCGGUGCGCAGCGUAUGCUUCUCCCCAAGCGGGAAGUAUGUCGUCUCUACCUUCGACGAAGGCGCGAUGCCAAGGGUUUGGAGGACGAGCGACGGAUCGUGUUUCGCAACUCUCUCCGACCACGGCUGCUGGGUUUCCCACGUUGCGUUUAGUCCGGACGGGACAAUGUUGUGGUCUGGCGCGGUAAAUGGGACUGUCUUGGGUCGUCGGCUGCAGGACAUCGUUCCGGACGAAUUCGAAUCGUAG